AUGGAUGACAACGCCAGGCCUCAUCGUUCCUGGGCUGUGACGGCGCAUCUCCAGAACAACGCUGUGACGACUUUGCCUUGGCCCGCCAUGAGCGCCGAUCUGAAUCCCUUGGAGCACAUUUGGGGCAUUCUUGGCCGUCAAAUACAGAAAAUGGACCCCCCUGUACAGAAUCUGAGAGAAUUGGAAGCUGCUUUGCAUCGGGAGUGGCUGUUGCUGCCUCGUCAGAAGAUCCGACACUUGACUGGGAGGGUGAGGAGCAGGCUUGAGGCGGUCAUCCGAGAACGUGGAGGUUUUGUGUUGGAUAAGAAAUGUGAUGUAAGCAGUAAACACAUGCCAGUGGUAGCAGGAGUAAACAUCUGUCAAUGUGAUGUGAGCAGUAACAUCUGCCAGUGUGAUACGGUGUUUAUAGAGGAGCGACGCAAACAGCUAUACCCCGUCUCCAAGAGAUAUAAACAGGCAGGAUAUAAAAGCAAAAUGGUGAGGGAGAAACUGUACAUAGAUGGCAAGCUGUACGAAGACAAGACCCCGACACGAGCAGACCCUCGCUCUUACCGCGAAGUCGUACAGACCACGCCGAGAAACACGCGUACAGAUCGAGUGACAGCGCCACCUCCGAAACGAUCGCGCGCAGCGUCCACCCCAACCUCCGAGAAACAGCCUUCACCUGGACCACGCGAUAAUGUUGACAGUGCAUAG